CGUAGCCUUCAAAAUCCAAGCAAAACGGCCUUUCGAAAAUAUCGCCGAAAAAUUACGAAAAUGCCCCCCGAAAACGUUCGACCAAAUUUCUGCCCAAAUCUGCGAUUAGUAGACUUCAUUAUUGGUAGAGAGUACCCUAAGGACGAAUCUGUGAUCCGUCGCCUUCAAAAUCCAAGGAAAACGACGUUUCCAAAAAAUCGCCCGAAAUCGGUGAUGGUACCCCUUUGGAAACUGCCAAAAAUGGCCCGGGAAAUAUUUCGCCCGAAUCGGUGUUUAAUAGACUUAUUCAUCCCUAAAGAAUAGCCUCAGGCUGAAUUCGUGAUCCGUAGCCUUCAAAAUCCAAGCAAAACGGCCUUUCGAAAAUAUCGCCGAAAAAUUACGAAAAUGCCCCCCGAAAACGUUCGACCAAAUUUCUGCCCAAAUCUGCGAUCAGUAGACUUCAUCAUUGGUAGAGAGUACCCUAAGGACGAAUCUGUGAUCCGUCGCCUUCAAAAUCCAAGGAAAACGGCGUUUCCAAAAAAUCGCCCGAAAUCGGUGAUGGUACCCCUUGGAAACUGCAAAAAAUGGCCCCGGAAAUAUUCCGCCCGAAUCAGUGUUUAAUAGACUUAUCAAUCCCUAAAGAAUAGCCUCAGACUGAUUUCGUGAUUCGUAGCCUUCAAAAUCCAAGCAAAACGGCCUUUCGAAAAUAUUGCCAUAAAUUUACGAAAAUGCCCCCCGAAAACGUUCGACCAAAUUUCUGCCCAAAUCUGCGAUUAGUAGACUUCAUCAUUGGUAGAGAGUACCCUAAGGACGAAUCUGUGAUCCGUCACCUUCAAAAUCCAAGGAAAACGGCGUUUCCAAAAAAUCGCCCGAAAUCGGUGAUCGUACCCCUUUGGAAACUGCCAAAAAUUGCCCCGGAAAUAUUCCGCCCGAAUCGGUGUUUAAUAGACUUAUCCAUCCCUAAAGAAUAGCCUCAGGCUGAAUUCGUGAUCCGUAGCCUUCAAAAUCCAAGCAAAACGGCCUUUCGAAAAUAUCGCCGAAAAAUUACGAAAAUGCUCCCCAAAAACAUUCGACCAAAUUUCUGCCCAAAUCUGCGAUUAGUAGACUUCAUUAUUGGUAGAGAGUACCCUAAGGACGAAUCUGUGAUCCGUCGCCUUCAAAAUCCAAGGAAAACGACGUUUCCAAAAAAUCGCCCGAAAUCAGUGAUGGUACCCCUUUGAAAACUGCCAAAAAUGGCCCCGGAAAUAUUCCGCCCGAAUCGGUGUUUAAUAGACUUAUCCAUCCCUAAAGAAUAGCCUCAGGCUGAAUUCGUAAGUUUACCACUCCACAAGAUGAAAUCGAGAAGACCAUUUGGGGAGCAUGUGAUGUUUAAGAGGCCACAUCAAUCACAAGCAACACAUGCUUGUGCUAAGCAUACUAAUUUGGCUAAGUUUGGAAAGGGGGGCAUGCCUCCAACCACUUGUAGUGGACAUUGGGGCAUAUCUAACAAGUCACAACGCGAGAAAGCCAUAAAAAUUUAUUGCAGAUUUGAAAAUUUGGCUAAUUAUGGACAACGCAUGUCCAAAAAGUCAUAUGAAGUCCAAGCCACACAUGUUUGUGAUAAGCAUGUUAGUUUGGCUAAGUAUGAAUAUGGGGGCAUGUCAGUGUCACCCAUCAUGAAGUAUGAAGUAGGGGGCAUGUCUUGGAAGACACAGCAGCCCCAAGCCACCCAUGACAUUUAUAAGUGUAAAACUAUGGUUAAGUCUGGACAAGAGGAUAUGCAACCAAUCGCAAACAGUGGAUAUGAGGUCAAGUCCAACAAGAAAAGGCGCGGGAAAGCCAAAAAGAGUUCUCGUAGUGUUGAAAAUUUAGCUAAGUAUGGGCAAGGAGACAUGUCACCCACCAUGAAUAAUGGAGUAGGGGGCACGCCCAAGAAUCUAAAAGAAUUCCAACCUACACAUGCUUGUGAUAAGUACGCAAGUUUGGCUAAGUGUGUACAGGGGGGCAAGUCCAUGUCCAUGAGUAGUAAGUACAUGCCAUCAAUCAUGAAUGAUGGACAUGGGGGCAUGCAUAAGAAGGUAUCAUACGCACAAAGAACCAAGGAUGGUCGUGUGCUAAGGGUAGGAGCCAACAAGGUUUGGAGGUUGAAAGACAAAGUCAAGUGGGCCACAUGGGUGGUCGCCAACUUUUCAAGACUGGACAUCGUCUCCAACAACAUGAGGAGAGUAAGCAUGUCUCAACCAUGAGGAAACCAAGGCAGCGGAAAACCCAUGGUCGUCUUGACAUGUCAAGUGAUGUGGCUAAAGCAUAUGAGCAUGAGACCCCAUGCAAGGCCACCAAGGCUAGACAUGCUGAUCAUAUACCACCCACUAGUAAGCUAGAAAAUUCAAAAUUAAUGUAUGGAGAAUCAUGUUCUAUGGAGGAAAAGAGGCAUGUGGUAUAUGGAUGGCUUGCAUGUUUUAAUCCAUGGACUUGGCAGUGGGUGUACACCUUUGGCGCAUUAGUUGUUGCCAGAGGCAAUGGAGAGCAGUGACGUUUGUCACUCCUUGUUAUCUUAAAUAAAUAAAUAUCAUAUAUAUUAAUAAAUAAGUAAAAGCCAAUCAUGGCUAUAUAAGAAAGAAUAGAGAGAAAAUAACAAAGUGGAAAUUUUGAGUCGAAGUUAUUAGACUUUGAUGUGAAGAUCUUACCACCAGGUCGUAGUGAUGGCUAGGCAUACCGAGUCGUAGAUUGCGUCUUGCCAUGCUAUGUCGUCUUGUCCCAAGUGGCCACCAGUUUGGAUGUUGGCCACGACCUAAGGGCAUCGUGGCUUGGAGAUGAGUGAUGGCCAAUUUGAUCAUGUACAAUAAGAAAAGUGUAGGGGCCUCACUGAAUUGUUGACGAAAAGCCAACAAGGAAAGGGUUUCUCGUGGCUACAAAUGAAUGAAGACAACAUAGGCGGCAUAGCUAGCCACUUGAAAGACGUAGGUAUCAUGGUGUUGUUUUAUGGGAAAAAAAUUCAAGUUUUAUUGAACCUGUGGUCAUGGGUGAGUAGAGACAAGCCUUGUUACUCGAGGACCAGUUAGAGAAGGGGUAUAAGUGGUCAAGUUGGUCUCAACUAUUUAGUCCAUAAUCCUUAUGCACUAAGUAGUUGGGGGCAUUUGUUUACACCAUAAAUUUUGUCUUGUACCACAUUGGUGAGUUACAAGAUAAUCAAGGAGUUUAUAAGGCCACACCCAUUAUAACAAUUAAUGUUGUUUAAAUUGGGCCUUGUGGAUAUUGAUUUUAAACCCAAGUCACUAGCUCAUUAAUGAGCAUGGACAUGAUUCAAUAAGGGACAUGGCCUCUCGUAAGAGGCCAUGCCAUGCCACGAGAUGGCAUGAAAAUUUCCAAGUAUGAGAAGUCCAUGGCCAUGCCGCCCCAUGACCAAGGCCUAAUGAAUGAAAAAUAAACUAAGUCUGGAAGAGGUACACGCCACUUCAAGGAGAAGCACGUGCCGCCUCACGAGAAGGGGCAUGGACGCGAGACAAGAGGCCCUAGGUAUGAUUGAAAAAUGCUAAGUAUGAGAAAACCAUGCCACCUCAAGAGAAGAGCCAUGUGCAUGAUUGAGAGAUCCAUGGCCGUGUCACGAGAGGGGCCAUGGACGCAAGGCCGCGAAUCACACUUCAAAGAAGACAAAGAUAUUCUAAGUGUGGAGAAGGACUUGUCGCUUCAACGAGGAGGGUCAUGUCCCUCUAGAGAUUGAGAAGGUCAUGUCGUGUCACAUGAAGGGCCACGAGCAUGAAUGAGAGAUCCAUGGCCGCGAAUGAAGAGGCCAUGCCGCCUUAUGACCAAAUUCGAAUGACCUAAAAAUAUUCUAAGUCUAGUAAGAACAUGCCGCUUCAUGAGAGGGGCCAUGUGCACGAUUGAGAGGUCCAUGCCGCCUCAUGAGAGGGGCCAUGGACACAAAUAAAAAGGGUGUGGUGAU